AUGUUCGACAAAGACGCCACCGCACUUGUUGUCGACAACGGCUCGGGGACGUGCAAGGCAGGGUUUGCCGGCGAUGAUGCUCCUAGAGUCGUGUUUCCGACCGUCGUUGGCAGACCACGCCAUCAGAUUUGUAUGGCGGGUAUGGAUCCAAAGGACAGCUACGUCGGUGUUGAAGCCCAGUCCAAGAGGGGUUUCCUGACCCUCAAGUACCCUAUCGAGGAAGGCGAAGUCACCAACUGGGAUGACAUGGAGAAGAUCUGGCAUCAUACUUUCUACAACGAGCUGAGAGCUGCCCCUGAAGAACAUCCAGUUCUGCUGACCGAGGCUCCUCUCAACCCUAAGGCUAACAGAGAAAAGAUGACACAGAUCAUGUUUGAGAUCUUUGGCACACCUGCCAUGUAUGUAUCCAUUCAAGCAGUUCUGUCUUUAUACGCCUCGGGUCGAACUACAGGUGUUGUACUGGACUCAGGCGAUGGGGUAACUCACAGUGUCCCAAUCUUCGAAGGGUAUGCCCUUCCCCACGCCAUCCCUCGAAUGAAUAUGGCUGGCAGAGACGUUACAGAUUACCUUAUAAAGAUCCUGGGAGAACGCGGUAACAGUAUUACGACCUCUGCUGAAAGGGAAAUGGUUAGAGACAUCAAAGAGAAGCUCUGUUACGUCGCAUUGGACUUCGAACAAGAGCUGCACACUGCCUCAACUUCUUCUUCCAUAGAAAAGAGCUAUGAGCUACCCGAUGGUCAAGUCAUAACCAUUGGCAACGAACGCUUUCGGUGCGCCGAAUCAAUGUUCCAGCCAUCAUUCCUGGGUAUUGAAAUGGCUGGAAUUCAUGAAAUCACGUACAACUCUAUCAUGAAAUGUGAUGUGGACAUUUGGAGAGACCUGUACGCCAACAUCGUCUUGUCGGGUGGAACAACCAUGUUCCCGGGUAUGCCUGACCGAAUGCAGAAGGAAUUAACAGCUCUAGCUCCAGGAGCUAUGAAAAUUAAGGUAAUUGCCCCUCCUGAACGAAAAUAUUCUGUGUUCAUCGGGGGUUCCAUUCUGGCCUCACAGUCCACCUUCCACCAAAUGUGGAUCACUAAAGAAGAAUAUGACGAAUCUGGUCCUUCAAUUGUUCAUAGAAAGUGCUUUUAA